CCAUCGAUGCCUUUGAGUUCGAAAACCGCUGCCGAACCCCGUAUUCGGACCUUUCACAGCAAGUCCCGCGCGGGUUGCAAGACAUGCAAGUAUGUUCUGAGAUAUCUCUCCACUGUGAUCAUUGGUGUGGAAGCGUCGUGGCUUCAGGUUCAUGCGCUGGUGGGAUUGCGAUUGCAACUGCUGCGUAGCACGUGCACCCUCUGAGGACCUGCUCCUUCACGUCGUUGCCGAACAACUGUUGAGGCCCUCCCGCUGACUUGCUCGCAUCAGGCAGCGUCGCGUGAAAUGCGAUGAAGAACGUCCAAUAUGUCUACGAUGCCGUCGCAGCGGACGCGAAUGCGUCCAAGACAUU